GGCCGACUAUAGGCGCCUGCGCCCGGGGACGGGCGGGGCGGCAGAGCGCGGAGGUGGCAGCCAUGGCCAAGCACACCGUGUCAUCCGCCCGAUUCCGACGGGUGGACGUGGACGAGUACGACGAGAACAAGUUCGUGGACGAGGAGGAUGGAGGAGACGGGCAAGCGGGGCCUGAUGAAGGCGAGGUGGAUUCGUGCCUCAGGCAAGGGAACAUGAUGGCCGCGCUGCAGGCGGCUCUGAAGAACCCGCCCAUCAACACGAAGAACCAAGCCGUGAAGGAUCGUGCAGAAAGCAUUGUCCUGAAGGUCCUCAUCUCAUUCAAAGCCAACGAUAUCGAGAAGGCAGUCCAGUCCCUGGAUAAGAAUGGUGUUGAUCUGCUAAUGAAGUACAUCUACAAAGGCUUUGAGAGCCCCUCUGACAACAGCAGUGCUGUGCUGCUGCAGUGGCAUGAGAAGGCGCUGGCUGCUGGUGGAGUUGGGUCUAUCGUCCGUGUUUUGACCGCCAGGAAAACGGUUUAACUCAGCAACCAAGGGCUGUUUGCUCUCCGUGGUGUGGGAAAUGCUGGUGCAAAACCCAACCAGAUGCCAUUGCUGCCCUGUGGGCAGCGCCUGUCUCUCAGCUUGCCUUCUCGCUGCUUCUUUCAUACCUGACAAGUAACGCAUAUCGUGAUCUCUUUUUGUUCAACUCUGGAAAAACUAUGAAGGUGCAAUUUUAUUUCUAACAGGACUCUUUGGUACUCGAGCAUUUCAGUGACACGCAUAGCUACAUUUACAACAUAUUUAGGGUGAUUCGUAUUUGUGUAUAAUCAUGGCAGAUUUGGGCCUGACUUUCCACGCAAGUGCUGAGGGACGUAGGGCAAUGUCUUAAUCCUUUUUGCCAGCCAAACAGUGUGAUUUGAGAAGUGGGGCAGCUGUUAACGUUGGUAACUGGACCAUGUUUCCUUUGGUCAACCUCUGAGCCUACAGCAGUGAGUAGGACAGAAAAGAGCAGCUUCCUUCUGACCGAUCAUCAUUCCAUGAAGCCAGCUAUUGUCCUUAACCUCACACCUUGUGGCCUGUUCCGGAUGUGCUGUGAUCAGUCAUAGACCAGGUGCACAGCAGGCAGAUCACAGCGAGGAUGGAGCUGUACAUCCGUAUGCUAGAAUGUAAAGGUCCAUUUACACUGGAGCUAAAGAUCCUACACAGGAGAAGUAAAGGGAUGUAGAAUUAAGGCUUAGCAGACAGUUGACAUCCCUGCUGUACUUGCAUUAGCAAGUGGGCAAAUAGAAGCUCCAAUAUAAAGAGGAGUAUAUUAAAAAGGAAUUAAGGAAGCAUUGGGCAUCCCAGCCCACAGCUCACCACGGAAGGUCAGGGCCAGGACUGAGACCAUUUUACAACAGUUCCGUUUGUGUGAAACGGUUGGAUGACUUGUGAAAUCUUUGCUGUUUUUUGAUAUCUGCUUUUUUUGUUUGUUGGUUUCUUUGUUUUUUUGUAAUAAAAACGAGACAAAUAAAUCGUCACUGAAUAUUUAA